UUUGACUGGAGUAUGCAUGUGUGAAUCUAUCACGCGGCUUGGGCAAAAUUAUUUCUGUCCAGCCAUGGCCAUGGAUGGCAUACUGCUGAAGCUGCUUCAGCGGGAAUCAGCGGUUUCACCAGUUCAGCUCAUCCAGAAUCUAGUCAAGGAGCCGUCUUGUACUCUAGAUGAGCGCAUAGAGUCGCUGAAUUCGCUGUGUAGCGUGUUGGAAUCCGCAGACGCGACGUCCGGGUGCCAGCACCAGAAUCGCGACCAGAUCUUCCCGGUUUGCGAGGAGGUUAUAAACACGAUCUGCAUACCUUCGUUGAAAGCCGUGAACACGUCGAGAGUCGGCAAAACGAAGGAUUCCUCCGAACCGCAGAGGCUCCACGCGGCUUGCGAACUGCUGAUCGGAUGCCUUCGACUGUCUGGGUCGUCGCAGUCGACGGACCUGAUGGAUUCUGUUGCCCUUCUCAUCGACGCCUCCUUGCGGACUUACUGCGAAGAGCAGAGGCUGGGCUACGACAGCGACCACAGGGAUGUCUUGGACGUGAAGACUGCAGUGGAGGUGAUGAACUACCUGCUCAAACAUGCUUCAAAUCUGUCCACUCGUCACGAAUUCGAGACACAGCUUUUUCCUAGGGUGCUCGACACCCUAGAACACAGUCGGUUUUACACUGAGGGAACUUCUAGCAGAGUCGUUGGUAUCCUUCUUCCAAAGUUUCUCUCCAAUGCCGACAGGUACCAAGAGCGAAUAUCUGCAAUCUGGGACUUGUUGCUGAGGUUGAAGACUGGAGGGCAGGAUGCGGUGGAGAAGGCCUUCCUCCUCCUCUGCGGCCUGGCUGACCACUUCUUCGGCGGGGCCUGCAGUUUUGACAUCAGCAGCCAGGGAGAGUUUUGGGCGCUGCUGCAGGUGGGACUGUUGACGGGCACCAACGCAGUGACUCGGAAGCGAGCCAUGUACCUACUGAAGAGGGCACUAGACACCAUCAGUAGGCAUGACAGGACCAUCACCUGUGCUGACGCAGAUACAGGCCUGUUGUUCUGGUGGAGUCCGGCUCACUCAGCCCAGCUGAUGCCAGUCUGGCAAGACUACAUCCUCAUCAUAGAAACGCUGGAAGAGAACCAGGUCCAUGUGGUGAAGCCUGUCCUGCCUCGGAUGAAAACCCUCAUCACUGCCAUGGCAACAGUCCUACCAGACCCAGGUUGCCUCUUGCUGCACCCCUCCUGGCUCUACACAGUCUACAGGAAGGCCUUCACUCACGACAACAAGAACAUCCACCGCUGGGCCUUACUGGACAUUCUCCAGCUGGACCUGGCUGCCUCUCCACACAUCAUCACUAUGGGCUUUACACAGUUCAUCUUGGGUCCUGUCAUGAGCAAACUGCUACAGGACACCUCCCUCUAUAACAGGUUGGAAGGAGAGAAGCUUGGAUCGUGCCCUGUGAUUGGUCAGGCUAUCCUGCCUUUUCUAACCAAGUGUCUGGACAUGCUUGGGUCAGCAGAGAAAGUCCAGUUCAUGCAGGACCUGAUCGCGGCGCUGUCCCGCGAGCCGUGCGGGGCUGUCCCACUGCUGUACGUGACCCAGGCCCUGGCGUCUGUCCCUCCCGUCCCGGCCUGGGGGGACGCCACGCUGGCGCAGAUACGUCAGGUCGUGAUGACGCACGUCAUGACCAACAACGUCACGCUGCGGGGCGCCAUCCAGUGUCAUUUUGCCCAGGCCAUCUGUAACAUGGCUGAUGUGGAGAAGGUGAGCCUGCAGCAACUGGCUAGCACACUGGCCUGUCUGGAGAGAGAGGACGGCUGUAUGGUCAGGGGGACAGGUCUCUGGGAACAGGUGAGCAGGUGGUUGACUGAACACGGCGGCUGUCUCCAGGACCUCGGCCCCACACAGACAGGUGACCCUGUCCCAGACGCACACCUGAGCAGGUUUCUACAGGCAGGUGUGCAUGCCGCCAUCCAGGUGUCACCUGAGGAAGCUAGUGGCAGUGACGUACCAGGCAGGAACGAGGCUCACAGUAUUGCCAUGCUGCUGUUGCUGGCCGUGGAUGGACAGCACAAGAUCAGACAGCUGCAGGACACUGAGGAACAGCAAGAGACAGCACUUAACAGUGACAGCCCUGCAGGUGUUCUGUCCCUGGAGGCCCUGCUAUCACCCGUGGUGCAGGUGAUGAACUCUGCCCGCACCCACCCGUACCUGCCACCUGCCAAGGCCGACAGGUGUCUCCAUAUCCUGUCCUGUCUCAUGGAGGAACAUGGCACUUCAGAGAUGGCAAGAGGGUGUUGUGUGAACACCACCCAGCAGCUGAGCCAGGUACUGCAGUCCUGUCUGGAGGAGACACUGGCAUUUCUUGUGCAGAAACUCACAGCAGAAAUUACCAAAAUGGCUGACAUAGGCAGAGUGAACAUGUACACACAGCUACUCAAACAGCUCAGCACUUUCUACCCUGGUGGUAAUCAGGCUACGAAUCUGGUGCUAGGCUCACUCCAGACACUGGUGGAAAAGAGCAUCAUCACGCUUGAAUCCCAGGAUAAUCAGGUUUCUGUGGUGCAGUCGCAGCUGUGUUGCCUGUCUGCCAUGAAGUGCCUGUCCUGUGUGUGUGAGAUUGUCCAGACUGGUCCUGCUGCCUACAGGGGGCUGGGGGAGACACUGGUGGGGGCAGGCAGGGUGCUCAGGCUUCAGGAUGGCUUUGGGAAGCCUUCAGAUGCUGACAGUGAGCAUGUGAGCCGGGAGGACUGGGGCAGGGCGGUGUGCCUGUACGUGGAGAGCCAGUGGACUGUGGUGGACUUCCUGCUGUGGUUGCCUGGCAACAGAGCCGGCCACGCCCUGGGCAGUCCUGCCGAGCUGCUCACACGAGCCAUGGACAACACCGAGGUGGCCACCGGCAUGGCUGCCAUACAGCUCAUGAGGACUAUGGAGAGGCUGAUUCCACCGGUGCACGAGGCGGGAGAAGAGUCCAUGUGUGUGGCAGCGAUGGACUGUGCCUGGAAACUGGUGCAGGACUUCUACAGGGACACCGAUCACUUCUGGCCCGUCAUGUACAGUUUCGUGGGCAUCACGUUCCACCCUGCGCUCAUGGCGGCUCCUACUACAUCUGCCGUCUUCCUCAGGCAAAAACAGUAUGCUGGUGAGCUGUUUGCCAUGGGUGAGCGUAUCCGAGGGGUGACCAACAUCCUGCUGCGGCACUGCUGCGGGUACUGGGCAGGAGGCUGCUGCUCGGACACGCAGACAGACGCAGCCGAUGAGUCGCCCUCAGCUCUAGCCAUCCGAAUCUCCAGUGCUACAGCACACAUUGACGUGAUCCUGGAGGCUGCCACGUUUGGGCCACACUUCAAGAGAAACCUCAGGACAGAGCUGGACACCAUCGCGUAUGUGAAACAGCUAGGGAACAAAUGCAGUGUUAAUGAGGCAUACAAAGGUGAUGAGCGGGAUGACAAGCAGGUUCGUGCCUGUGUUGUGAACUUCCUGGUCAGCAUCAGCAGGCACCAGACGCAGUGGACACCCUUCAUCGAGCUGCUCUUCACCAGGCUUGUGGAGAAGGACCAGGAGAUGACCCAGAGGGUGCACAGGUACCACCUGAACGCGUUUCCUCACCGCUACAAGAACAGGGUGUGGCAGGUCGUGCUCAUCAUCCUCCCGUACAUCUCAGAGCCAUUGGCAGCUCAGUACGUGGACCACCUGUUCAACACACUCGCUGCAGAAAACCAGAUCUCUGUGCGGUACAUGGUGGAGUGGUGCCUGCUCCUGCUGCUGCACAAGUACCCCAGUCUGCAGCCAAACCUGUGGGACGGACUCAGACAUGAUUCAGACAAGAGGAUUGGCAUCAUGGCUUCCCAGAUGGAGAUUACAGCUCACUUAGGCCUUUUGUUGGAGGAUAAACAUGAACAGGAGGAAUUCUUUGACAAAGCGUUCCUUGCUGUGAUGCCGUGGGCACUGGUGCCUCACUUCGCCGUGCGUGUGUUUGCCCUGUCUGCCCUGCAGUGGAUGUGGAGGUACUGUCAGGAGCAGGGCUUCACCAGGUUGAUGGAGAAACACUCCUUGCUCAGGCCGUGUCUGGAUGCCAAAGAAAACAUCACAGCCAAUAAGGUGUGGAAGAAGUUGACUGAGAACUGGUACAUCUACAACUUUAGGCCUCGACAGGAUUACAGUGUAGAGACCAUAUUCCACUCACUCCCCUACCUGUCCGGGAUCACUGAUGCAGAGUGGAUUUCUCAAAACCUGUUCCUCCAAUCACCGCCUGCGAUAUGGCAAGACGAGGAGUCCUGCAAGCCCCUCCCCCUGUGGAACCCUCGUGAUGACCUGCGGAAGUGCGUGUACUCACUGUGGAAGAUCAAAGGGCCUGGGAUAUGGAACAGUCAAGAUGAGAAGAAGCCUGAGGAGAGCCCGUCGGAGCCCCCUGCGGAGGGUAACGUGCAGAAGAAGAUCAUCACCUGGAGGCACACCCUGGAGGAACCACACCUCAACAUGGCCGACAUGCACAUCAAGGUCGUACGCAAAGGUCACCUGGUGGUGGUCGCCUCGCUCAUCGACAAGCCUACAAACCUGGGAGGUCUGUGUCGAACCUGUGAGAUCUUCGGAGUGUCCACCCUGGUACUGGGCAGCAUGAAGUACGUGGAGGACAAAACAUUUCAACAGCUGAGCGUGUCUUCACAGGGCUGGGUCAACAUACAGGAGGUGAGACCAAGUGAGCUGGCUGAGUAUGUGGAGGAGAUGAGGAGGCAGGGGUACUUCCUGAUCGGGGUGGAGCAGACUGCAGACAGCAGGAACCUGACGGAGUUCACAUUUCCCGACAAGUCUCUACUCCUGCUGGGGAAUGAGAAGGAGGGCAUCCCAGUGGAGCUGAUCCACCAGCUGGACGUGUGUGUGGAGAUCCCCCAGCAGGGUAUCGUCAGGUCCCUCAACGUGCACGUCAGCGGCGCACUGCUCAUCUGGGAGUACACCAGGCAACAGAUCAUCAAAGAAUAGAGCUGAGUACACCUGGCAACAGAUUAUCAAAGACUAGAACUGUAGAGUGGGGGUACACCAGGCAACAGAUCAUUCAAGACUAGAGCUGUGGUAGGGAGGGGGUUCACCAGGCAACAGAUCAUUAAAGAAUAGAACUUUGGUGGUGGG